AUGCCAUUAAAGAUAUUCAAGACCAAGAAGAAUAAGAGGAAUGUACAACCAUUUGUCAUUUUACUCAAGAUAGACUUGAUUGAACAAUUGGCUGAGGAAUUAUUAUUGCCACAACAAAGUUCAGACGACUGUUACUUUGAUAUUUAUUGGAGAAGAGGUUCAUGUAAAGGUGUGUCCUCAGAGUUGAGACCAGAUCAAUCUGGUGCAUUGCAUCCAACUGGUAUAUUCAAAAUACCAUGCAACUUUAUCAAUGAUGGUGAUCAUGAUGUUGCUUCAAAGAGGCUAUCUCUAUAUCUUAGAAAGUAUGAGAAGAAGAAGGAGACCAACAUUGCAUUGCUCCAGAUUGACUUGGCACAUUUCGUCAAGAAGGAUGAGAGUUCAAAGCCAAGACUAUACAACUCAAUCAUGAGAGGUAUAAAGUCAGAGUCAUUCAAACCAUACAUCGAGUUUAUUGCCUCUGCUCAUCCAGGAUCAGAUUCAACUUUCCAUGUUGAUGAGGAUAAAUACAAUAGGGAACUUAAUAGUUUCAUCAGCAGAGAGUCGGAUAAGAGGAUACCAAUCACAUCAUUAUCCAUUGAACCAGAGUUGUGCGAGUCAAACUUGGAGUUCUGUAAAGAUAGACCAUUGCAUCAAAGUCAAGAGGGUGAUCCAUUCGAAUUCACAUUGACUGGUAGCAGCAACAGUGGUGGAGGUACUUACAGACAUGAAGAUGAGAAGGUCUCUGUGUCCUCACCUCAGAGUGUCAGAUCAGACACUCUGGAGAGUGUGGAUCUUGAAGAAUCAGACAGAGAGGAGAGACCAUCUACCAAUCCACUAAAGGAGAGACAGACAAUCAUGUCUGAUAUGGCCUCUAGUGUUGGUAGCAGUGGAUCACAGUCACCAUCAAUCAGUACAUCAUUGGGUGUACCAGCACCACUUGCCAUACAUCCCAAGCCAACAUUGACUGAUCGAACCAUAUCAUUCAAUGAUAUACCUUUGCGAAGGGAUGUAUGUAGCAAGAGUGCUGACAACUUCUUUAAACCUUCCCAAUCAGACUUUGAGAAGCCUAGUCCAUUGAAGGAGGAAGUGGUAGCGGCCAGUCCUUUGAAGGAGGAAUCUGAUAUGCCUAUUCAAACAGUGUUGUUCCAAAGAAUAGCUGUCGAUGAAGAGAAGAACACAUAUCUCAAUGAGGAUGUAAUCCUUAACAAAAAGCCAGAGUAUAUGGAUGGCGUACCAGUCUCAUCGUUGAUUGUCCACAAGUGUCUAUUCGAGUCGAAUGAUGUUAACCAAGAGUCAUUGAUGUACUUUGAGAAGGUCAUCCAGUCAAUAGGUUAUUUAUCCUUGACCGACAACAUGGAUAAGGAGACAUCUUGCUAUUGGCUAUCCAACAGCCUUAACUUCUGGUACUUGAUGAACUAUAUGUAUAAUCAACGUAUCAAGAACUAUGGUGUGGCACUCAAUCAUCCAGAGGUGAAGAAACUCAAGUCGAUGGAGUACAAGCUUCAUGGAUACUAUCAAAAGUUCUGGAAGCAACUAUGGAGGAAUCUAAGAACUGAACUGGAUGAAGUACUGGCACAGGUGGUACAUUCAAUGGAUGGCAAGGAGUUCAACAACUCUACGAUUUUCACUGACUUCAUGGUGGAUACUUAUGAUUUCGUGGAGAAGCGUGUACCAUACGAGUCUGUUUGUUCAGCCAUAUUCAAGCAGGUGUUCAACUACACCUCUGGAUACCUGUGCAAUCUCUUCCUCUGUGAUGUUGAGCACUCCAACUUUGAAUACGCCAUCAAUGUCAAACUAUUCAUUUGCUCAGUGACUCAGUGGAUAUCAGAACACAAUCAGAUCGCCAGCUUUGUCCUAUUCAAGAGUGAGAUGUUUAGAAUUCUACAAUUGCUAAACGUAUUGAUGAUUGACAAGCAAUCACUUUUGGAGGAGUCUACACGCAAGGAGAUAUGUCCAUCCUUGAGAUUGACCCAGUUGGCAAUAUUAUUGUUAACAUACAACUCUAAGAACCAGGAUGACGAGAUUGAUCCAAGUAUUAUCAAAUCAUUGCAAGUACAAGGAAUUGAUAACCACGAGGCUCAAGAGUUCAGCAUCUGUUUGGACUUUGUUAUGGAUUUGCCCGACUGUCCAGAACCAAACUCCAAGUUCCUGAGGACCUCCCAAUUGUUCUCCAAACAAUCAAUGACCGCUGAACCAAAUCCAUAUACCAUCCAGUUGCCUCCUACAACACCUAUUGUAUUAUAA